UGGGGCGGAAGUGACGGCGCCAACGGCGCCCGUGUUCUGCUCCCGGCGGGCAGCGCGGCUACCCGGCGCUGGCGGCUGGAGUCGAGGGGCUGCCGUUCCCGUAGCAACGCCGGCGCCGCUGUCACCGCCGCCCAUGGCAGAGCCGUUACGGCGCCUGGCGGAGGGCGCCCGCCGCCGCCGCCGCCGCCGGCCGCCCGAGGAGGAGCGGCGGGAGACUGGCGGCUCUGGACGCUGCUGGACGCGCCACAGGCUGAAGGAGGCCGCGGCCUCAGCCCGCACGGGAAGCGAGAGCUCGGCAGCGAACAUGGCUUCAGGAGAUAAGGAGUUUUCAGAAGGUGGCAACUUUUCACCAAAAGCCAGCACCAGCAAGCUGCCAACAGAUGCAUCUCCAGACUCUAAAUGCCCCAUCUGCUUGGAUAGAUUUGAUAAUGUUGCAUAUCUGGAUCGUUGCUUGCAUAGGUUCUGUUUCCGCUGUGUCCAGGAGUGGUCCAAAAACAAAGCAGAAUGCCCUCUCUGCAAGCAACCUUUUUUUUCCAUUUUCCAUACAAUUCGUGCUGAAGAUGACUUUAAGGAGUACAUACUCAGCCCCUCAGAGCACAGAUCCUUUGCCAGCCCUGAUGGCCAGAGGUUUCGCUACCGGACCACCCUGACAAGGGAACGCCGCAUGGCCCGUUCCCCCUCCCGAAGGACGCUGUCCCCCCCAGAUAAUGGGAUACUGUUUGAAGGGCUGUCGAACGAACCGGUGCGGCAGCGAGAGGGAGAGAUUCAGCGGAUGAUCAGGAGGCUGGCCUCCAGGAGGAGGGCCAGUGCAGAGGGCAGAGCCAUGCGGCAGAUCCAGGAGGAGGACAUGAUCAACUUCCGCAGAGCGCUGUACCGGACUGGCACGCGUAUCCGUAGCAUUCAGGAUGGUGGCCGCUAUCGAGACAUCUCAGCAGAGUUUUUCCGACGCAACCCUGCCUGCCUCCACCGAUUGGUUCCUUGGCUAAAGCGAGAACUUACAGUCUUGUUUGGUGCCCACGGAUCUUUGGUCAAUAUUGUACAGCACCUUAUUAUGAGUAACGUGACUCGGUAUGACCUGGAAAGUAAGGCCUUUGCCGAUGAUUUAAAGCCAUUUUUGCUGAAUCGCACUGAGCAUUUCUUACAUGAGUUCAUCAGUUUUGCCCGUUGUCCUUUUAACUUAGAAGCGUAUGAUCAACAUGCCAAUUAUGACUGUCCUGCUCCAUCAUACGAUGAAGGAAGCCACUCAGACUCAUCAAUUAUUACAAUAUCUCCAGAUGUGGCAUAUUCUCAAGGGCCAGAUAACAGUUUGUCUAUGACUGGUCUUAGUCAAGCCCCUUGGGAUGAUGAAACUCCAGGGCCUUCCUAUUUCAUUUCAGAAGAGGUUCGUACAACUGUAGCUUCUCCUCUGGAGACAUCAGAAAGUUCUGAUGAGGACUCUGCUGCAAACAGUCGAAGAGCCAAACUGCAAACUCAGUUACAGGCUGAUGCUGACUCAAAUGACAGUGAGUCUUCCUCAGACAAUUGUGUUAUUGUUGGCUAUGUUAAGCCCUUAGCAGAAAGGACACCAGAAGUGGUUGAGCUGUCCUCUGAUUCUGAGGAGUCCACCGGAGAAGAGAAAAGAGAUGAUACGAAGACACAGGAGCCAAUCCAGUGUCGCAGCUGGAGUGAUAGUGAACCAAGCAGGAGUUUAUCACCGCAUUCCCCCACGUAUAAAGAGGAUGCAGGUAGUUGUAGGAGCUGCUCAUCUCUUGCAGUUCAAAAGGCAGAGACAAAAGAUGAUGAAAAUAACAAGUGUAAGGUGAAAGACCUGUCUCCACAGGAUUUGAGCUGGAGCCCCUCCCCAGGUAGUGACGCAGCAUGUUCCCCUUGGACACACAGAUUGUCUAGAAAGGGAAAGCCCAAGAGCCCACAAUCCUGUUCACGGAACAGUCGAGACAGUCAUGGCCAUCGGGAUAGGAGGGAGCAUCGCUGCAAAAGCCAAUCUAAAAGGAGACGGUCGAGAAGCAGAGAUAGUAGCAAACAUAGAAGCAAAAGAAGCAGCAAGAAGUCAAGGCCUCAUGACACCAGAGCCUUCCUAAAAAGCCAGAGAGGCUCUCUGAGUCUUGAGAGCACUCCAUCCAGAGAAGUAAGCAGAUCACGAUCACGUAGCAAAGGCCAUUGCAAAAGGAGAUCAAGAAGCAGAGACAGUGAUCGCUAUUACGUAAGAGACCAUUAUCAAAGUAGAUACCAGUGGGGAUAUGCUUUCUGCAGUAGAAAGGUGUACAGAGAGAGCUAUGAGCCCUCCAGGAGAAGGACUCACUCUGAUGCUCUCUACUCAAGGCAAUCUGCUAGCCCAGAAUACAGGAUACGAUCAUUUAUUGAAAGGACAGAUCCACAUAGCCAGAGGGGACUCCACGAGAGACACUACUACUGUUAUGAAAGAUGCAGGUCAAGGAGUCGGUCGAGCAACAGAUCAAGGACCCCUUCUGCAGGAACUGACAGAACAAAAUAUGAAAAGCCUGGUGGAAAAAGGAAGUACAAAACGCGACACUUAGAGAAUACACUAACAGAGACCACAAGUUUAGAAAGACAAAAUGAUCCCAAGAAAAGUUUCUCCAAGUCCGGUGACUGCUACAGAAAUGAAGAUAUCCUUUCAGACAAUCGAGCAAGCAGCGAGAUGAAGCGUAAGAAAAAGAAGAAAAGAGUGAGGAGCCCGAGUGUGGAAAUAGUCUAUGAAGGAAAAUCCACAGAUACAACAAGGCAUCUGAAAAAGAAGAAGAAGAAGCAUAAGAAGAAGCACCGGAAACACCAUACAAGUAACUCGGCACAUUCUUCUCCAGUGGUGAUUACAAUUGAUAGUGAUAGCAGCAAGGAGCCAGAAAGUAUGGAAUGUGACAGUAGUGUUGCCUGGACAGGCACAACUGAGGUAAAUGAGAAGGAAAAUGAGUCCCCAUCUUUUUGUCAAACAAGGACAGAGUGUGAAGAUGUUUACAGAGUUGGUGAGGAAACUGGAGAAGCAGCCAAAACCAGCAUUCCAACAAGAGCAGAUUCAGAUGGUGACCACAAAAGUGCUGAUGUCCAGCGUCAAGACACAGCAACUGAUCAGAGUCCCAUCACAGCCAAUACCAGCAGUAGCACCCCUCACUCAGAAACUGUGACCAGCUGUGCUCAAGAAGCACCAGCAACACCUUCCAGUCCACUGCCCUCACCCACAGGUUCAUUAGUAGAAUGUCCAGAGAGACAACCACUGAUCCUGCGACUGCCAAAAAGACUUGUCAGCAGAUCCUCUUGGUUUGAUUUCCCAGAAGAAAAAAUGUAGCACAUUUUCCAAAGAGAAUUUAUUAAAAUUGUGAAUUUACCAGUGUUUUUGCUCUUGACAAUAAAACCACCCCAUGUGAUUUGUGUAUGUUAAA